GUCAUUUUAACGCCCAGGUUUUGUCUCCUUCCUCCUGGAAGCUGCUUCAGUGCCCUUUCUUACCUGAUCACGUGGUCUCCUCUCUGGAUAUAUUAUCCAAUUUACAGUGACGUUGAUGAACCCAGAGCUGAUAAAUGCUCAAAGGUAAGGUGCCAUAAAGAGACCCACGUGUCCACGUCUAACGUCUACAUCAACGUCUUCCUCAUUCUUUAGCGAGGUGGAAAAAUUCUCGGACACUUUCAGCUUCUUCUUGGAUGUGGCAGCAGCUCAGGGACAUCGCUGGGUAGAGGAACGGUCCUUCAAGGAGAAAUAAUGAUCUCAGGAGCUUAUUAUAGCUAGGUUAAUACAUAAGUGUUCAAUGUUCGGUGUUUAACCCGCGUGGUUUAGUUUGUGUGAAUCCUGUGUCCAGAGAGACGUCUCAAUGGUGGUGCUGAACAAGGGUGAUUAUGUCUGGGUGGACUCCUGGAUCGGGGUCCCUAUCGGGGCUCGGGUUAAGGUGUUGGACGGCAAGCAGGUGCAUCUGCUGGAUGAUGAGGGAAAGGAGCGGUGCAUGUCGGAGAGCGAGCAGGCGUCUCUCAGACUCAUGCACCCCACGUCGGUGGAGGGAGUGGACGAUAUGAUCAAACUGGGUGAUCUGACCGAGGCUGGCGUGCUCAGGAACUUGCUGAUCCGACACAAGCAGGACAUCAUCUACACGUACAUCGGCUCUGUGCUGGUGGCCGUGAACCCGUACCAGCUGCUGCCCAUCUACACUGCGGAUCAGGUGCGUCUGUACCACGGGCGUCAUCUAGGCGAACUGCCCCCCCACGUCUUCGCCAUCGCAGACUGCUGCUAUUACAACAUGCAACGAAACCAGUGUAACCAGUGCUGCAUCAUCAGUGGGGAGUCGGGAGCAGGAAAGACGGAAAGUACGAAGCUGAUCCUGCAGUUUCUGGCAGCGGUGAGCGGUCAGCACUCGUGGAUCGAGCAGCAGAUUCUGCAGGCAAACCCUGUGCUGGAAGCUUUUGGAAACGCCAAAACUACGCGUAACGACAACUCGAGCCGCUUCGGGAAGUACAUCGAGAUCAUCUUUAAUACGGACGGUGUGAUUGAAGGAGCUCAGAUGGAGCAGUACCUGCUGGAGAAAUCUCGCGUCUGCCAUCAGGCCCCAAUGGAGAGGAACUAUCACAUUUUCUACUGCCUUCUGUCAGGGAUGCCCAAAGAGCAUAAAAAAGUCCUUUCUCUCGGCGAUGCGGCACAGUUCAACUAUCUCACUGAGGGAAGCUGCAUCGCAUGCGAUGGACGGGACGAUGCGGAGGACUUCAGCCGCAUCCGUACGGCCCUCAAAGUCCUCACCUUCUCCGACAAGGAAUGCUGGGAUAUAUUUAAAUUACUGGCGGCCAUUCUCCACCUGGGCAACGUCAGAUUUGAAGGCAGCACAUUGAAUAACAUGGACUCGUGUGAAGUUUUAUCAUCGGACCACUUCACCGUCGCUGCCAAUCUGCUAGAGGUUACUAAAGCACAUCUGGAAGUGAGUUUGACCUCUCGCACUUUUAUGACCAAACAAGAGCAAGUGACGAAACCUCUAAGUUCAGAACAGGCUCUGGACUGCAGGGACGUUCUGGCCAAGGCUGUUUACACCAAACUAUUUAUAUGGAUUUUUGGGAAAAUAAACAACGCCAUCCAUAAACAGCAGACGAGCAGCUCCUACACGCAGAAGUCCAUCGGUCUGCUGGAUAUAUUCGGCUUCGAGAAUUUCCAAGUUAACAGUUUCGAGCAGCUGUGCAUUAACUACGCUAACGAGCAGCUGCAGCAGUUCUUCGUGGAGCAGAUCUUCAAGCAGGAGCAGGAGGAAUACCUCAAAGAGGGCGUCACAUGGAAGAACAUCUCCUUCACCGAUAACCAGCAAACGCUUGAAUUGCUGGCUUUAAAGCCGCUCAACCUGCUGUCUCUGGUCGACGAGGAGACCCACUUCCCCAAGGGCACAGACAUGACCAUGUUGGAGAAAAUGAAGAAAACACACCAACAUAGCAAGAUCUACAUCUCACCCAAGACCAACUACACCCUCCAGUUCGGAGUCAGACAUUUUGCUGGCAUCGUCUUCUACGACUGCAAAGGGUUUCUGGAGAAGAACCGGGAUGUGUUGAAUUUGGAUAUCCUCGCACUGAUCCAGAAAUCCUCCAGCAAGCUGCUCAAGCAGAUCUUUGAGAAGGAGCUGAACGCCUGCCGAGCCGUACCCGCUAACAACAACAACAACAACAAUCACCGCAGGAUCAUCAUCACACAGAAGAAACCCACACGGCCGUUACAGCAGGGGAACGACCAGCGGAGACCGAUUUCCACGCUGAGCGGGCAGUUCAAACAGUCGCUGGACACUCUGAUGAAGGCCCUGUCUCUGUGUCAGCCUUUCUUCAUCCGCUGCUUCAAACCCAACGACAACAAGCUCUCCAUGGUGUUCGAUCGGGACCUGUGCAUGCAGCAGCUGCGUUAUUCUGGCGUCCUGGAGACCAUCAAAGUCCGUAAGCUGGGAUAUCCGAUCCAGCACAAGUUCAAAGAGUUCCUGGGACGUUAUCGAGUUUUACUGAAGACCACCGACUGCGACCCCAGCAAGGAAACUGCAUCUAACUGCUGUAACGCUAUCUGCAGAGCUGUCAUUAAAUGCCAAGAUGACUGGAGGAUCGGCAAGACCAAGAUCUUUCUCAAGGAUCAUCACGACUCGUUUCUGGAGCUGGAGAGAGAGCGGGAGCUCAAUAGGAAAGCACUCAUUAUCCAGAGAGUGAUGCUCGCCCACAAAGACAGGAAGAAUUUCAUUAGGAAAAGAAGUGCAGCUGUGACUGUGCAGAAAAAUUGGCGCUCUUACAGAGACCGGAAAGAGUUUAUUAAACUGCGUCAGGGAUUGGUGCGUCUCCAGGCAGUGGUGCACGCAAGGCAGGGCUUCCUGCAGUAUCAACGCAAACAAGCUGCCGCAGUCACACUGCAGAACCACACACGCCGCUACCUCGCCAGGAAAGACCUGAAACGCAAACGAGAUGCUGCCGUACUGCUGCAGGCCCAAACCAGAGGCCUGCUCGCCAGAAAACAACUCAAAUAUCUUAAAGAUGAGGCAUUCUCGUCGGCCCAGGAGCGUCAGGAACGGGACCUCGCGGCGCGGGAGCACGCGGCACGGGAGCAGGCGGCACGGGAGCUCGCGGCACAGGAGCUCGCGGCGCUUGAGCUCCGGCGCAGGCUCAACGAGACCGUUAGCCAAACAAGUGAGACUCAAGAUAAACAAAAGGAGGACAAGCAUGAUGAGAAAGUGGUGGAAGACAUGUUUGGAUUCCUUACAAACUCCACAGAAAGUCAGAAGGAGCCGAGGCAAAGGCGCACACAGGAAGAACAAACCGUGGAAGUGAAGAAGGAUAAAGAGGUAGAGAAACCCGUGCAGAUUGUAGUAAAAACAGCUUUAAAUGACAUCAUACCUGAAGAAGAGGAAGAAAAGGAAGAAGAGGAAGAAGAGGAUGAGGAUGACGACGAGUUUGCGUUUGAAAAGUUCUCUGCCAUGCAUUUCCAGCGCUCUGCUACUCACACACACAUCCAGCAGAGACUGAGGCAGCCGCUGCUCUACCACGAGGACGAAGGAGACACGCUGGCCUGUCUAACUGUUUGGUGGAUCAUCUUGAGAUUCAUGGGUGAUAUACCUGAGCUGAGGCAGGCUCGUCAGUCUCUAACCCCCGACCUCAUCCAGCAGCACCUGGGCCAGCGCCAGGGCCGGCGUCUCAGUAGCCUCGUUGGUUUGGAUCAGAAAAUCCUGCGUAAAAAACAAAAACAGAACAAGCUCAGCAACAAUAAGAGGAAACACUCCGCCAUUAUAGAGGAGAUGGAAGACGUGGACGAAGAGGAUGAUGUUCUGAUCGGAGAAGGACCCAGUUUGGAUCGUCCCAUGACCUCCUUGGAGAAAUUGCAGAUCAUUGUAGGAUAUGCCUUACGCAGACCUAACAUUCGAGAUGAGAUCUACUGUCAGAUCUGUAAGCAGCUGACGAAGAAUAAGAACCAGAAGAGCUGUAAGCAAGGCUGGCUGCUUCUCUCCAUCUGUCUCGGGAUUUUCCCUCCAACUGAGCUCCUGAUUCGAUACCUGGAGUAUUUUAUUCAUCGUGGACCUGCUGAGUUCUCCGCUUCCUGUGCCGAUCGCCUCCAGAGAACACUGACUAAUGGCGAAAGAAAGGAAGUGCCAUGCUGGACCGAGCUACACGCCAUGGAGAUGAAGAAGCCCAUUAAAGUGGAGGUAACCCUGAUGGAUGGGCGUGUCCUCACUCUGCCCGUGGACUCUUCGAGCAUUUCUUCAGAGCUCUGCAGCGCCAUCGCACAGAAAAUCAAUCUGAAAGACACGUUCGGAUUCUCGCUCUACAUGACCUACCAAGACAAGAACUGGUCUCUAGGCAGCACCAGGCAUCACGUGCUGGACGCCAUCUCUCUAUGUGAGCAGGAGGAGAGGAGGCAGGGACAAGACGAGAAGGGAGCUCAGUGGCACCUCUCUUUCAAGAAAGAGCUCUUCACUCCGUGGCAUGACUGCACCAUUGACCCCAUCAGCACAGAGCUCAUUUACACGCAGAUCAUCCAUGACCUCAAGUCUGGAGAGUAUCACUGUGAUAAGGAGGACGACUACGUGCAGAUCGCAGCAAAGCACUAUUACAUCAAGUACGGCAGGGAGAGCAGCAGGGAGAAGGCUGUAAGCAUCGUGUGGGAGUGUCUGAGCCUCCAUCUGAUCGAGAACAAGUCAGAGAUCAAGUUGGUGCAGCUGGUCAGCUCCGCCCACCAACAGGGCUCGUAUAUAAACUCCGGGGCGAGUCCCGAUAGCGUGAAAGCAGAAGUGGUCAGGUAUGCCCGUCUCAACUGGCCCAUCUACUUCUCUAAAUUUUACGAGGCCUCCAUGAUUUCAGGUCCUAAUUUCAAUGAAGAAAAGCUAGUGGUGGCCGUUAACUGGUACGGCGUCUCGUUUCAGGAAGGAAAAGAGAAAAUGUACCUGAAGCUCUCUUACCCCGAGGUGACCGGGGUCAAAAUAGUCAGCGAGGGUCGGAUGAGUGAGGUGGUGCAUCUCUCCACACUGAGAGGCGACUAUAAGAUGGUGGCAGUUGAUGCUCACAGCAUGGUGGAGCUCCUGUCUAUGUUCCUCGAUGGGCUGAAGGAGCGCUCCGUCUAUGCCGUGGCUGUACAGGACUGCAGCAGACAAGAUGACGCGACGUUCCUGAGCUGUAAAAAGGGAGAUCUCAUCAACAUCAUCAAAGACGGACAGUACGCUCCUGAGGGAGGCUGGAUUAACGGGAGGAACGAUAGAACAGGACAAAGCGGAGCCGUUUCUACUGACACUAUUAUGAUCCUGCCGACCCUGAGUAGACCCUCGGAUGACAUACUGGCUCUAUUGAACCCAGAUCAGAAGAAGGCGGUGCUGACGGGUCCACCGAAGGAGGACAUGACCACAGAUAGAGUGGCUCAUAUGUCACUCAAAGAGUUCUCCUUUGAGUAUUUCAGAGAGCCGGCUAAUCAAGCAGGACGUCAUGGUAGACCCGGGGUGCGAGAGAAAGUGUGGGUGCGAUCAAAAGAACCGAUGAAACAGCCGCUUCUGAAGAGUCUGCAGAAAAACUCUGAGCUCAGCCAGCUGGCCUGCAACUCCUUCGUUGCUAUUCUCAAGUAUAUGGGUGACUAUCCCAUCAAAAUUGCAAGGAACCCCGUGGAGCUGACAGACCAGAUCUAUGGACCUGUGCUGCAGCACCCUGAACUCAGAGAUGAAGUUUACUGCCAGAUCAUGAAGCAGCUCACCAACAACAACAAUGGGUUUAGUAUGGAGCGAGGCUGGCAGCUGUUGUGGCUUUGUUGUGGACUUUUUCCCCCCAGUAAGGAUUUGCUAAAACACACCCAACGCUUCUUAGAGACCAGACCCAGAGAGCCGCUCUCAGCCGCCUGUCUGCAGCGACUACAGGGGAUGCUCAGAUUGGAAGCCAGAACAAUGGCCCCUCAUCAGGUGGAAGUGGACGCCAUCCAGCAAAACAGCUCCCAGAUCUUCCACAAAGUUCAUUUCCCUGAUAAUACAGAAGAUAUCUAUGAAGUCACCACCACUACGAGGAUUCGUGACCUGUGUCGCAAUAUCGCCAAUAAUCUCAUGCUGUCUUCUGCUGAUGGCUACAGUCUGUUUGUGAAAACCACAAACAAGGUGGUGAGCAUGAACGAGCAGCAGUACUUCUUCGACAACCUGAAGGAGCUCACAGACCCUCCCAAGAAAGGAAAAAAAGCCAAAGAAGCGAUUUCAACAACCGUUCCCUAUCUGGUGCUGUUCAUGAGGAAGCUCUGGUUUAACGUGAUUCCUGGGAAAGAUCUGAAGGCUGACCUCAAGUUCCAUUUUCCUCAGGAGUUGCCGAAGUAUCUGCGUGGUUAUCACAAUGUGGAGAAGGAGGACAUGAUCUCUCUGGCCGGACUCCUGUUCAGGGUGCAAGUGGACGCAGACCGAUCACAGUUCGUCAUGAUCCCCAGAAUGAUGAAGGAUCUCGUACCCGCUGAUCAGCACAAGCUCAUGUCCACUGAGGACUGGAAAAAGCACAUAAUCAGUGUGUACAAUAAGCAGGCGGGAAUCACAGUGGACGAGGCUAAAGUGCGCUUUCUGAAGGCCAUCGCUUCUUGGCCCACGUUCGGCUGUGCGUUCUUCGAAGUGAAGCAAACAUCUGACCGCUGCUAUCCCAGCAUCAUCAUCAUCUCCAUCAGCAAACAAGGAGUCAGCAUCAUCGACCCCAAAACCAAGGAGGUGCUGGUUAUGCACCCGUUCAGCAAAAUCACCAACUGGUCCAGCGGCAGCACCUACUUCCACCUGACCAUCGGCAGCCUGGUGAAGGGAAACACCCUGCUCUGUGAAACCUCUAUGGGACACAGAAUGGACGACUUGCUGAACUCUUACGUGAACAUGUAUCACCAUGAGAGGACGCUGGUGAGACAAAGAAGCCAGCGUUUCUUUUAAUGAACACACACACACACAUGCUAGCACACUAUAUGGGAGUUAGUGCUACAUCUUAUUUAAUAAAUUCUAUUUAAAAUUAUGACUAAGGUUAAAAGUCCUGGACUGUUCAUCAGAAUUGAACCCAAACGAAGCUUUACAUGUUAUUGAUGAUUAGAGUUCACUUUGUUUUGUUCGUGAUAUGAUGUUUGUUAUCAGUUCAAAUUCAAUUUUGUCCUCCAAGUUGUUGUGUUAUAUAAACCUUCCGAAAACAUCCCCGUGACUGCGUCCGAGUCUAAAAUAAAAAUCUGAUUAUUAC